AUGCAAGGGGCGUGGCUUAUUCAGCAGACUAUAUUGACUUUGCUUUUGACUGCUGUGCCGUCAUCUCCGUCUGCUACACAAAAUACAGUCAUAUCUGGUAGUCCAAUAUCGUCUGUGACGGGGACAGUGACACGGGUUUCGUCAGUGGUGGGUGGGGAAGCUGAACUGCCGUGUGACUCCCGACCGCCCCAACGCAAUGACAGUCUAUUGCUCGUCGUCUGGUACCGAGAUGACAAUCCUGUCUACAGUUACGACACUCGCGUCCCAGGACCUACCGGCUAUUGGUCGGACGAUACAUUCGGCGACAGAGCUAGGUGGAUCGGCCUACCCACUUCGGCCUUGCACGUCAGCGAUAUACAAUCUCGAGAUAGAGCCAUAUAUAGAUGUCGCGUGGACUUCCAAGUGUCACCGACGAGGAAUUAUAGAAUCGCCCUCGACGUCAUUGAGCUGCCAUCUAAGCCGGUGAUCUUUGACGAGUUCGGCAACGAAAUAACUGGCGUGGCGGGCCCUUACAAUGAGGGUGGUGACUUCAAACUUAUUUGCUCAGUCGUCGGGGGUAACCCGAUACCCCGUGUACAGUGGUUACACGGCGAGACAGUAAUAUCCACUCUCGGCUCGGGAGACCUUCAAUCAGGUGAUACAAGAUCGCUACCUUUGGUCGUGGCAAACGCUACUAGGGCCCACCUGUCUUCAGUGUACACAUGCACGGCAGAUAACACAAUGCUAUCGUCGCCACAACGGGCGACUGUCAGAAUCGAUAUGUACCUGAGGCCGCUUACGGUAGAAAUAGUAUCGAGGGAACAACCAUUGUCGGUCGGGAGAAAGGCUGAACUUUGGUGUAAGUCCACAGGGGCCAGACCGCCUGCUACCAUUACGUGGUGGCUUGGUAGUAAACCGCUCAACUCGGUUACUAAGCAACGGGAUUUAGACGAUAGAAACGAGACUCACUCGCUUCUACAGUGGACUCCUUUGAAGGAACAGAACGGGCAAGUACUCACUUGCCGAGCAGAACACGAGAAAUUUAACAAAUCUACGAUAGAAAGUAAAUUGCCUCUUAACAUACAUUACGUGCCAGAGGCGAAAAUGCACCUCGGCGCAAACGUAAACCCGAAUGACAUAGAAGAAGGCGAUGACGUGUACUUUGGCUGCGAAGUAGAUGCCAACCCGCCGGCUUACAAAGUAGUUUGGGAGCAUAACGGAGUGCUUCUGCAACACAACGCGGCGAACGGAAUAAUUCUGACUGGCAACACCAAUCUCGCAUUACGGAAUGUUUCACGACAUCAAGCGGGCUUGUACACUUGUACCGCUUCCAACGUCGAGGGCGAUGGCAAGUCGCCACCGUUGAAAAUGCAAGUUGUUUACAGACCGCUGUGUCACAGCCGCGAGAUCAAACUUAUAGGAGCGGCAUUACAAGAGCCUUCGAGCGUCGAGUGUCAAGUCGACGCGUUCCCUCCCCCCGACACCUUUGAGUGGACACUCAAUAACUCUGCGGGUUCGAUAAAGGUUGACGCGGAUCGAUUCACGGUUCACGCCAAAGAAGGCAAGUCAGUCCUCACAUACACGCCAGUGUCUGACGUCGACUACGGUACGUUGUCAUGCAGAGCGACUAACUUGGCCGGCCAACAAGUAUCUCCGUGUGUUUACACACUGUUGCCGGCGACACGACCCGACCCACCGGCCAAUUGUACCGUAUACAAUUUGACUGACGACUCUCUGGAUUUGAUGUGCCUAACAGGUUAUGAAGGCGGUCUUCCGUGUACCUACAUAGCUGAAGUUUGGGCAAACGAGGGUCUCGUAGUGAACUCAACGAAUUCCAUAACAGUUUGGAAUCUUAGGCGGUUGGGUGCUAAGCGGCAUUUGAAAGUUGUGGUAUACGCAGCGAAUGCAAGAGGACGUUCGGAACACGUCACUUUCACUGUGGAGACGGCGCCUAGAUUAGCGCCGAGAACAGAAGCCCAAGAAGCGUGGGAAGUGAACUGGGCCGUUGGUGGAGUUCUAGGUGCUGCCCUCACUGUAGCGAUAAUUUUAUGUCUCGCUCUCAUCGCUACUAGAUUACGGCAUAAUAGCAACUAUGAAGUUACGAUGCAAUCAUCCAAGAGUCAAAAGACGCCACUUCAAAAGAGAAGUUCUCCAGAUGACUGCAAUCCAGAUUUAAUACCUCUAAGUAAAGACACAGACUGUCCGAAGCCACCAGAGUAUUCGGAGGUGGUAUCUAAAUCAGAAGUAAAGAAUUCUUCGAGCUCAACGAGUGUAGCGCGGGCGCACACACCCAGUACGACGCCGCCUGCGCAAAAGAUUGAAUUGCAGAAUGAACGCAGCUCUAGCAACGGUGCCAUCCGGUCGCAUAGAGAAGUAGUGACCACCAGAACACCACUCCUUGCUGCUCAUCAGGAAAGCUGUGUAUAG